AUGUCUCCAAUUAGUGUUGAUGAUAUUGUUGCUGAAGAUAGAGACUGUAGUAGAGUGAAAGGAAAGGGAUUACUUAUUCAUCCUUCAUCAGAUGCAAUUAAUGCUGGAACUAUUCACAACGAUAGCAGUCCCGUGGCCAAUUAUGAAGAGGCCAGUGGUAGCUUUAAUAAACCAAGAAAUUCAUUUGAAACUAGGGAGAGACAAGGUGGUUGGAGAACUACACAUAACGAUAAGCACUUGUAUGGUGUGAGUGGGCAUCAUUCAAGGAAUAAUUAUAAUGGUGAGAGAUUUGUUCACAAACAGAAUAUGAACAAACAGGACCGAGUCCGAACCUACUGUGAAUUCUCGAACAUGACAUUUGGAGCCUUGAUUGCCUUCAUUAUAGAACAUAUAAAUUUUCAACCAUUUAAAAUUACAUGA